CACUUACCUGUCGUGCAACUCAUGCCGUCUUCCAGUCCCGUCCUCUUUAUGUUAUGCAUGCAAAUGGACGAGCAUAGGAAGUGAGCCACCGUGUUGCAUAUCUAUGUGCUCGGUGCAUUUCCGACAUUGAGCAACAACAGUUCACAGCCAUACAGUUCACAGCCAGAACUACCUGUUGGGUGCAGCCAAAAUGGUUCGCACUGCCCGGAAAUGCGCGGCCUCACUUUGGAACCUCUCUAAAGGCGCCGAAGCUGCCAGCACUAGCGCCUCCAGCACAUGUGCUCGCGGAGCCCUCAACGGGGCUCCUUCAUCAUCGGCUCCAACAGCAGUGUCACACGUCGCCGCCUCUGCACCCUCCCCACCCACCGCUUCUCGCGGCCUCCAAGGCCAGGCGCCUCCGGCUUUCCAGCCAGCUUCCUGCAUGGCCGCAAGCUUGGGCCUAGGCCAACCCAGUCAUGUCACCGCAGGGCAGUUCCUGCCGCGCACCUUGCAGCCAUGCUUUUCCCUACGGGGAUUGAGUACCGGUGCAGGAGCGGCGGCCGAGCAGCCAGCGAAAAGCGGCUCGGUUAGCUCUGAAGCGGCGUCGACUCCUGCGGCUCAGCCGGCAGAGCAGCAGCAGCAGGAGCUUACUCAGAAACAGCGACUAGGGCAGCAGAAAGAACAGGAUCAGCAGCAACAGCAGCAGAGCGGUUGGGAGGAUGAUGUGGAGCCCCCGCCUGUGCCCUUGGACGCCAAUGUAACGCCGCCCGGGGUCUUCUUCGUCACGACGGGCGCAGCAGUUAGCGCUCUGCUGGCGGUGGGUGUUGCCGCGCUGGGCGUUGUGGGCACCUUCUACGCGGGCUACGCCAUCAGCCAGGUGGCGCGCGAGCUGAGGGGCAGCAGCGUUCCGCCUGCAGCAGCAGCAGCAGCAGCCGGUGGUGGUGGCGGUGGUGGUGGUGCGGAGCAGCCUGCAGCAGCCACCGGCACUGCAGCUGCAGCGGUGGAGGUGAAGGGCACGGAAGCUGAGAAGAACAAGACGAAGGCGGCGGCGGCGGCUGCUCCUACAACGCCACAGCAGCAGGCGCAGGCGAAGCAGUCGGGCGGCUCCGGUAGCUCUGAGGGAGCCGUCGCUCCACCUGCUGGGGGUGCUGCGGGCGCUGCUGGGGGGGAGCUCCCAGUUGCUGGGGCAGGGGGUGGGCGCAGCUCUCGGAGGGGCUGGUGGGGCUGGCUGGGCAGCUGGUUCGGGCGCAGGCGGCAGCCGCCCCAGCCAGCAGCAGCUGCUCAGCAGCCCGCACCUGACACCGCGGCCCCAGCGUGAUACCUGUUUUGGGUGGUUUGAGGGUGUUUUGGGAUGCCAGGCCGGGGUCCCGGUAUCGCUAUUGGGACGCGGUGCUGUGCCUUUCUGCUCGGGGCGGGUGCGGGUGCCGAGAGGGAUGUGGUGCGCUGCGGAACGGCAGCACUGGAGUGCGAGUGCGCGUGCGGGUGCUGCUUGUGGAAGUAGCUGGAGGAGGGUUCCCAGCGGGGGCCGGUGCAGGUGGUGGCGUCAGAGAACCUCCAACCAGAGCACCGGAGUGCUCACGCUGUUGGCAGCGUCGAUGGUCUUUUGGUGAAGGCCUUCGUUUGUCAAGAAAGAGCAGCUUCCAGUAGUACGCCUGCGAAGGCAGUGGAUUGCUGGUUCUUGUUACAAUUUUAAUUGUAAGAGCCCCCGUUCCCGACAAUCGUCUUCGCCAACUGCCGUGAUGCCAGUUAAGAAAUUGCUAUCGAAGAAGAGGAAGCGAAGUUUACCAGACGGAGCUCAGCACGGCUCAGCACAGCAUGUACGUGAAAGCUGGGUUGCGAUCCUCGACAGUUGGGGCUGAACCCGGAGAGGAAAUUAUGGUGAUAGAUGGAUGUUCAAGGCUGAAUUGUUGAGACAUCAUAUAUGUGCUUAUUUCCAGUGCGUUGUGUGCUGCUGGCUUCGCCUGUAACUGAUCUAUCGGUACCAGCUUUACCGACUACCUACUUUCCCAUAAAAGAGCUCUUUAUACUUGCAAAGAUCGGGACGUGAUCUAUGAGACGAUGAUCGAUGUUCUGUGACGUCGAUGUGAUGCUGAGCUAGUGACAGGCAUCGGGAGCCUGUAAUCACAAACGCGUCGCUAAAAGCUGCCCGGGGCCCCACCAUGGUUCCCCUCACGUUCGAGGAGGCUGUCGGCUACUUCGGGGUGUACCUGUUCGGACUGGCGGCGUGCGGGGCGCUGGCGGUGGCGCUGUACCACCUGGCCGAGCUGGUGGAGCAGCACCUGCGCACCACCAAGAAGGUCAUCAUCCACACCAUCCAGGCCCUCCUCGCCCUCCUCGCGCUGCUCUGGGUGCUCGAGGGCGUGGACGCCCCCACCAUGCUGCCAACCCUGCUCGCUCCGCUGGGCUACUGGCGCGUCGUGCAGCGCCGCUUCCCCUUCCUCAGCCCCCGCGACCCGCUGCUGGCGCUGUCCGCGGGCUGCACGCUGGUGUCACAUGGCAUGUGGAUGCGGCACCACGCAGGCAGCUUCCACCACCUGAGUGUGGUGCUGGGGUUCUUCCUGGUGGUGGUUUGGCUGGUGCCGCUGCUGCUGCUGGUGUCGCUGGCGGCGAACGAGAACUGCCUGCCCGGGGCGGCGUCCGGGAUGCCCUCGG